AUGUCACCCUCCUCUGGUCAUCCAGGCAUCGGUCGGACGGUGCGCUGUCUGAGAGGGAAGUGCUGGUGGCCCACAUUGGCUAAGGACGGUCUAGUGUCCCCACCUCUCACUGCCCAGGGUCUGGUUUCCCCACCUCUCACUGCCCAGGGUCUAGUGUCCCCACCUCUCACUGCCCAGGGUCUAGUGUCCCCACCUCUCACUGCCCAGGGUCUGGUUUCCCCACCUCUCACUGCCCAGGGUCUAGUGUCCCCACCUCUCACUGCCCAGGGUCUAGUGUCCCCAUCUCUCACUGCCCAGGGUCUGGUUUCCCCAUCUCUCACUGCCCAGGGUCUAGUGUCCCCACCUCUCACUGCCCAGGGUCUGGUUUCCCCAUCUCUCACUGCCCAGGGUCUGGUUUCCCCACCUCUCACUGCCCAGGGUCUGGUUUCCCCAUCUUUCACUGCCCAGGGUCUGGUUUCCCCAUCUCUCACUGCCCAGGGUCUGGUUUCCCCACCUCUCACUGCCCAGGGUCUGGUUUCCCCAUCUCUCACUGCCCAGGGUCUGGUUUCCCCACCUCUCACUGCCCAGGGUCUGGUUUCCCCACCUCUCACUGCCCAGGGUCUAGUGUCCCCACCUCUCACUGCCCAGGGUCUGGUUUCCCCACCUCUCACUGCCCAGCCCAGGGGUCUGGUUUCCCCACCUCUCACUGCCCAGGGUCUGGUUUCCCCACCUCUCACCCCAGGGUCUCACUGCCCAGGGUCUAGUGUCCCCACCUCUCACUGCCCAGGGUCUGGUUUCCCCACCUCUCACUGCCCAGGGUCUAGUGUCCCCACCUCUCACUGCCCAGGGUCUGGUUUCCCCACCUCUCACUGCCCAGGGUCUGGUUUCCCCACCUCUCACUGCCCAGGGUCUAGUGUCCCCACCUCUCACUGCCCAGGGUCUAGUGUCCCCACCUCUCACUGCCCAGGGUCUGGUUUCCCCACCUCUCACUGCCCAGGGUCUAGUGUCCCCACCUCUCACUGCCCAGGGUCUAGUGUCCCCAUCUCUCACUGCCCAGGGUCUAGUGUCCCCAUCUCUCACUGCCCAGGGUCUAGUGUCCCCACCUCUCACUGCCCAGGGUCUGGUUUCCCCAUCUCUCACUGCCCAGGGUCUGGUUUCCCCACCUCUCACUGCCCAGGGUCUAGUGUCCCCACCUCUCACUGCCCAGGGUCUGGUUUCCCCACCUCUCACUGCCCAGGUUCUGGUUUCCCCACCUCUCACUGCCCAGGGUCUAGUGUCCCCACCUCUCACUGCCCAGGGUCUGGUUUCCCCACCUCUCACUGCCCAGGGUCUGGUUUCCCCACCUCUCACUGCCCAGGGUCUAGUGUCCCCACCUCUCACUGCCCAGGGUCUAGUCUAGUGUCCCCACCUCUCACUGCCCAGGGUCUGGUUUCCCCACCUCUCACUGCCCAGGGUCUAGUGUCCCCACCUCUCACUGCCCAGGGUCUGGUUUCCCCACCUCUCACUGCCCAGGGUCUGGUUUCCCCACCUCUCACUGCCCAGGGUCUAGUGUCCCCACCUCUCACUGCCCAGGGUCUAGUGUCCCCACCUCUCACUGCCCAGGGUCUGGUUUCCCCAUCUCUCACUGCCCAGGGUCUGGUUUCCCCACCUCUCACUGCCCAGGGUCUGGUUUCCCCAUCUUUCACUGCCCAGGGUCUGGUUUCCCCAUCUCUCACUGCCCAGGGUCUGGUUUCCCCACCUCUCACUGCCCAGGGUCUAGUGUCCCCACCUCUCACUGCCCAGGGUCUGGUUUCCCCACCUCUCACUGCCCAGGGUCUGGUUUCCCCACCUCUCACUGCCCAGGGUCUAGUGUCCCCACCUCUCACUGCCCAGGGUCUGGUUUCCCCACCUCUCACUGCCCAGGGUCUAGUGUCCCCACCUCUCACUGCCCAGGGUCUGGUUUCCCCACCUCUCACUGCCCAGGGUCUGGUUUCUCCACCUCUCACUGCCCAGGGUCUAGUGUCCCCACCUCUCACUGCCCAGGGUCUAGUGUCCCCACCUCUCACUGCCCAGGGUCUGGUUUCCCCAUCUCUCACUGCCCAGGGUCUGGUUUCCCCACCUCUCACUGCCCAGGGUCUAGUCCCCACCUCUCACUGCCCAGGGUCUGGUUUCCCCACCUCUCACUGCCCAGGUUCUGGUUUCCCCACCUCUCACUGCCCAGGGUCUAGUGUCCCCACCUCUCACUGCCCAGGGUCUGGUUUCCCCACCUCUCACUGCCCAGGGUCUAGUGUCCCCACCUCUCACUGCCCAGGGUCUGGUUUCCCCACCUCUCACUGCCCAGGGUCUGGUUUCCCCACCUCUCACUGCCCAGGGUCUGGUUUCCCCACCUCUCACUGCCCAGGGUCUGGUUUCCCCAUAGCCAUGGAACUUGGGCUUGCAAGUGUUUUAAUGAUGUAUCUUUCGGACAAGGUUAUCCCCCUCAGCCAUCCACCCAGCCCCCUCAACAAUUCCCUCCAGCCCCAGUCCUUCUCAGCCAUCCCCCAGUCCCUCUCAGCCAAAUACCCAGCCCCCUCAGCCCUUACCCCAAAGCCCCAGUCCCCCUCAGCCAUCCCCCAGUCUCCCUCAGCCAUCCCCCAGGCCCUAUCAGCCAAUCCCCCAGGCCCAGUCCCCCUCAGCCAUCCCCCAGCCCCCCAGUCCCCCUCAGCCAUCCCCCAGUCCUCCUCAGCCAACCCCCAGCUCCAGCAACCCCUCCUCUUAGCAUCACACAGUGAGGGCUUUUCCUCCUCCUCCUAG